AAUUGACGAAACUUGACUGUUUUUAUUUCAGUUUAAAAUGCCGAAGUUUUAUUGUGACUACUGUGACACGUAUCUUACACACAACACUCCUUCUGUUAGGAAAACUCAUUGUAAUGGUAGAAAGCACAAAGAGAACGUGAAGCUGUAUUACCAGAAGUGGAUGGAGGACCAGGCACAGUCCCUUAUCGAUGCAACCACGGCGGCAUUCAUGUCGGGGAAGCUCGGGAAACACCCGGGCAAUGCAGUCCCUCCCCCAUCAAACAUGGGUGGUCCUCCUAUGCGGCCAAUGGGACCGAUGGGCGGCCCAAUGGGUCCGAUGGGUCCAAUGGGUCCGAUGGGACCUAUGGGUCCGAUGGGCGGAAUGGGACCGCCCGGAAUGCGUAUGCCUAUGAUGGGUCCGCCUGGAAUGGGUGGUCCACCUAUGAUGGGGAUGGGUGGGCCUCCCAUGAUGGGAAUGGGCGGACCACAUGGAAUGAUGGGCCCACCAGGGAUGAGACCAAUGAUGGGAGGCUGGGGUGGACCACGUCCAAAUUUUUAAAAACUUGUUACGACCAUUGUUUUGCUUUUCAAAGAAAACAAUUAAUAUCAUGUACAUAAAUGUCGUUUGUCUGUAUAUUUUGUAAUUUCAAAUCAAAUUUUCACUUUACUCCGGACAAAGCUAUUCACCGGCCUGGCCGCCGAAUAGUUUUGUCAUGCAUUUUUUUUCAAUGAUAUUUUGAGUUUUCGUUACAGAA